AAUAAAUCUGGAGAAUUGUAACAACAACAAGUAGGUUAAAAGGCCAAAAACACUCAUCAACAAUCUUUGAAAAGCUUUGUUUAAAUCCAUAAACAUUAAUUUCAAAUUCCUGAAGAAGAAACUGAAGUUAAAGAACCGUAUCAAGAACCAAGAUCUUCUCUUAGGAAAUUCACAGAAGAUGAGGCUUUUCUUCUGCUUCUGCUUCUGCUUCUUCUCCAUGCUCAUCUUCACCACAUCUGCUUAUGAUCCAUUAGAUCCUAAUGGGAACAUUACACUCAAAUGGGAUAUCAUGUCAUGGACAGCAGAUGGCUAUGUGGCAACGGUAACUAUGAACAACUUCCAAAUCUACCGACACAUACAAAACCCGGGUUGGACAUUAGGCUGGGCAUGGGCAAAGAAAGAAGUGAUUUGGUCAAUGGUUGGCGCACAGACAACAGAACAAGGAGACUGUUCCAAGUUCAAGGGAAAUGUACCUCAUUGUUGUAAGAAAGUCCCUACAGUCGUUGAUCUCUUGCCAGGUGUUCCAUACAACCAACAGUUCUCAAACUGUUGCAAAGGCGGUGUGGUUGGAGCUUGGGGUCAAGAUCCAUCAUCAGCUGUAUCACAGUUUCAGGUUAGUGUUGGUUUGGCUGGAACUACAAACAAGACUGUCAACCUUCCUAAGAACUUCACAUUGCUUGGUCCCGGGCCUGGUUACACUUGCGGUCCUGCCAAAAUCGUGCCAUCUACUGUUUUUUUUCACUACUGACAAACGAAGAAAGACACAAGCUUUGAUGACAUGGAAUGUUACAUGUACCUACUCACAGUUUCUAGCGAGAAAGCAUCCAAGUUGUUGCGUCUCCUUCUCUUCUUUCUUUUUUUUUUUUUGAUAAGUAUGUGAAUUAUCAUUGAAAAUGAAACAGGU